ACCCCCACGCGCACGGGGCAACCGUUUCGAUACUCGAAUAUACCGCCGCCGCCGCCGCCGCCGCCAUCACUGAUCCGCCGCUCCCCUCCUCCUCCCCUCUCCUCUCCGCCUCACCGAAGCCGCGAUCUCGCCGCCGCCGCUCUCCGACCUCGCGAUCCAGCCUCCCGCUACUCCCCACCCCAGUCCACCUGCCCCCCGACCAGAAGCUUCCGGCCGAGCGAGCGAGCGGCGGGGGGGAUGGGGUACAUCGGCGCGCACGGCGUGGAGACGCUGAAGCGGUACAGGUACAGCGGGCAGGACCACUCGGUGGUGGCCAAGUACGUGCUCCAGCCCUUCUGGAGCCGAUGCGUCACCCUCUUCCCGCUCUGGAUGCCACCUAAUAUGAUCACACUCACUGGAUUCAUGUUUCUAGUCGUAUCAGCGCUUCUUGGCUAUAUCUAUUCACCCCGCCUCGACACAGCUCCCCCUAGGUGGGUUCAUCUUGCCCAUGGAUUACUUCUCUUCUUAUACCAGACUUUUGAUGCUGUUGAUGGUAAACAAGCAAGGCGUACUAGCUCAUCAAGUCCUCUAGGAGAACUUUUUGAUCAUGGAUGUGAUGCUCUUGCUUGUGCUUUUGAAGCAUUAGCCCUUGGAAGCACCUUGAUGUGUGGAAGGUUUACUUUCUGUUUCUGGGUGAUUGCUGCUGUCCCGUUCUAUCUCGCUACAUGGGAACACUUUUUUACGAAUACACUUAUUCUUCCAUUAAUAAAUGGACCAACGGAGGGUCUGAUGCUGAUAUAUCUAUCCCACCUUUUUACCUUUCUUACUGGUGCUGAAUGGUGGGCACAAGAUUUUCGGAAGUCAAUACCCCUUUUAAAUUGGGUACCCCUUCCCUUCAUUUCAGAUAUCCCCUUAUACAUCAUUGUGAUAAUUCUUAUGAUCCUUUUUGCUGUAAUCCCCACCAUUGGAUCCAAUGUCAGCAAUGUCCAGAAAGUAGUUGACGCGAGAAAAGGAAGCAUGGUAUUGGCAUUGGCAAUGCUGCUUCCUUUCAUUGCACUGUUAAUUGGAGUUGCUGUCUGGUCUUACCUCUCUCCUUCAGAUAUUAUGAGGAAUCAGCCACAUCUGCUUGUGAUCGGAACUGGUUUUGCUUUUGGAUAUUUGGUGGGAAGGAUGAUACUUGCCCAUUUAUGUGAUGAACCCAAAGGUCUGAAAACUGGAAUGUGCAUGUCUCUGGUGUUUCUUCCUUUCGCUAUUGCAAAUGCUCUCACAGCAAAGAUCAAUGCUGGGAUUCCUUUAGUUGACGAGCUGCUGGUUCUUUUUCUGUAUUGCGCCUACACAGUGGGCCUUUACCUGCAUCUUGCAGUUUCUGUUGUGCAUGAAAUCAAGGAUGCUCUUGGAAUCUAUUGCUUCAGGAUAACUAGAAAAGAGGCUUAAACAUGUGUGAAUUUUUACACAGCAUAGGAGGCAUUCUGUCACCUUGUUUCAUUCCAGAUAUUUUUGCCUUUGGCACAUACUUAGUCUCAUCGGUGUGCAUACGGGGAUCCUGCCCCUUGAACACCGCAACAAGCAGUUGUUUAUUUGAUCUGUUCGAUGCAGAUAGAUACUUUUGGAGAGUGUAGCAGAAAUAUCUUUAGAACUAGCAUAUAUGUACAUGUUUAUUGUUAUGCACCCAGCGUGAUGUACUGCGUUGGUUACUUGGUUCCAUAUAUAUGGAAUCAAUGGGUUAUGUAUUUUUAGAUGACAGGAUGAUCUAUCAAAAGCUGUGGAGUGCCUUGUGCAAACAGAAGGAUUCCAUGAUUGUAGCUUGUAUUACUAACUCGACAUUUUCUUUUCUCGACUUGUUACUCUGGUGCAAGUCUAGCAUGAUGCAUCAUCCGUUGUUUCGGCGCCACAUUAAUGUAUGUGUUUCUGUUA